AUGUACCAGUACCGAUGCCCCAACAGCAACAACCUCCACCGCCAAUGCAACCACCAAUGCCACCACAAAUGCCAUCACAAUACAUUCCUCCUUUGAUGUCACAACCAAUGUAUCAACCAAUGAACCAUGGGUCAACGUUACAUUCAGGAAAUUUUAAUUGGGAUAGUCAUCAUGGUACUCCACCAACAGAACAUGAAACUCGAGACAUACAUAAAUCAUCAUAUGUACCACAAGGUCAAGGAAAAUCAACAAAGAAAAUCAAAGACAAAAGAGACAAAAAUAAGGUUGAUCAGGAAAGAGAUAAUGACGGAUCAGCACAGAUAAAGCAUGCUAAAGAUGUUAGAUUUAAUAAACUGAAAUCAUUAUUGGUAGAUGAACCAACAGAGCACUACCAAAAUAAAACAGGGUCACAAGAUAAUUUCAUGGAAAGAGAACAUAGACAGAAAAGUAACCAUGGCGGUAGAAGGGACAAAGUACAACACACAGAAGAAGAUGAUGUAGAACAUUCGGAAUCUUCAGAAGAUAGUGAAACAGACAGUGAUGACUCAGAUUGUGAAUUUCAAAGCGAUUUUCGUGACCAGCAGUCUAAAACAAAUGACAGGGGAAGUCAAAGAAAUCUAAGCGACAUCACAUCACACGGUCUGAACAAAAGGUUUGUAAAAUCAUCAGAAAGUGUCAAUAACAUAGGUUAUAGAGGACCCAAACAGAGCAAAGGAGGAAAACAUGGUAAUUAUAGGGGCGAUCAAAGACAAAAUAAGAAUACGAACUCGGAUAGUCAUCAUGGAAAGCAAUUUGAUUUUCAAAGUGAUAGAGGAAAUGGUCAACAAAGGAGAAGGGGAGGCAAUCAAAGUAUGAGUGGUCGCUUGAAUGAACUAAAUGCAGAGAAAGACGAAACACUAGGCCAACAGAAAAGAGGACCGAUAGGCAAAGGUCACGAGGGAGGUAUGGAAAAACGUGUUGGAGAUAGAUUUUUAGAAAAUGAUCAGACGGACAACUCUGAGGGACAUCAAAUUAACCAUACUGAUAAAAGUCAUAAUCGAGUAGAACGUAAGGAUAGAAGUCAGGGUCGUCGAAAAGAAAAAUGUGACAAAUUAAAAUCUGAUAGGGACGACUCAGAGGGCAAUGAGAGUGAAAUACCAGAUGUUGACGAUAUUGAGGUAUUAAAAUUUUUAAUAAAAAAUUUCAAGGGAGGUUGUGCAUUUGAAGAUCUAUUGGAGAGCUGUCAUCUUUUCCCUGACAACUCUAACGUAUGUCUUUGGUUCAAGAAACAUGGUCGAAGAUUUCAUGUUUUCUGGGAUGGACAGGCCAUUGUUUAUAUCCAACCAUUUUUUAGGGAUGCAAACAUUUGUGCCAUUUGGAACAAUAAAAAAAAUCCAGGUCAAUGUGAGAACACUUCGUGUCACUUCUUUCACAUUUGCCGUCGUUUUAUCCGAGGUAACUGCAAAGCAAGUAAUUGUUCGUUGUCUCAUAGUUUCAGAAGCCGACACAAUCGUCAUUUAAAGAAUAAACUUGGCAUAAGCGAUUUUAGUGAAGCUGACAUAAAAAUUGUUUUAAAUUGUAAAUCCCCGUCACUUUGUGUAGAUUAUAUUUACAACAAUGGGUGCCAGAUAGAAAAUUCAGAUAAAAGAUGUCCAUACUUGCAUUUAUGUCAAAACAAAAUUUUUAGGAAAUGCGAAGAUCCAUGCAAGUUUCAGAAAACGCACUCUAUCACUCAGUUCCACAAUAAAUGGGUUCUAGAAUCGUUUCAUAUGAAGGGAUGGGAAGAGGAACGAGUACUUAAGAAUAUAUAUGUACCACCAAGACAAAGAGAAGAAAGUGAAAAACAUUCCGAUGAUUCUGACCCCAGUCAUGUUGAAGAUGGUAUUGAUGAUGACAAUACAUAUAAUAACGACAGCGAUGUCAAUGACAGUACUGAAAGUCUUUCGAAUACUGCGUCUGUUCCGGUAAAAGCACCCCAAAAGGUGACCACUUCUGACAUCCAAAGUACAGAAGGCAUAGUGGAAAGUGAAAAACCAAAUAGUGGUCGAAAAGAAAGAUUUGAAUCAAAAGAAAAUAUAAUUUGUGGGAUUGUGGGUAAAGAUGAGCUAGAUCUAACUGAAAUGUCUACAUCCAAAAUACAAUAUAAUGAUGGGGACGAGGAUGAUAACAUAAAAGAAAGAGAGAGGAUUAUGAUGCAAAUGUGGGAAGAGGAGGAAAAGGGCAUCAGUUCUGUCGAACACAUUAAAAGAGUCAAGACAAAACAAGCAAGUUGCAACCCAUCAGAUCCAGAUUACCAGGAAAUAAACCCAUCUUUAUUGAAAGACGAAACAGAAAAAUCCAAAAUCUGCUUAUUUGUGUCGAAAGAUAAAUGUCCGUCGCCAUCAUGUAAAAACCACCACCUUCCAAGUGGAUUGCCGUACUUGUGGCAAUUAAAGAUAUCUGAGGAUUGGGUUUCUUUUUCCUCGGAAGAAAACGAGAUUAUAGAGAAAGCUUACUGUAAUGUACAAGAUUAUGUAGUAAUUGAAAAAACCGAUAAAAGAUAUAGUUACCAUAUUUGGUUUGCAAAGAUGCAUGCCGUAAUAUUAAAUGUUGAUGACCAAUCAGUUAGUGGGGACAAUCAGUGGAGUAAUGUGAGACGGCUCAGUACUCAUUCAUUCGCUGAGAGAAAACCUUCGGUUGAUAGCUAUAUAACACAGUGGAGGUGGUAUGUGAAAGAUGACAGUGGUAAAUGGACUAUGUUUAACAAGGAUGUGUUUCUGUUCACCCUUGAGAAGAAGUAUCAGACAAAACAGAAGACUUAUUUGUAUACAAAAGAGAACGAAAACUUCAUGUAUAGGAUAGACUUCUUAAAGAUGACACAAGUUAACCUAGAAACAGAUGAUGUACGACAAAUUAUUAGACGUCCUUUGUUUGUUUCAAAGGAUAAUAUACUUCAGAAUCAGUUUCCAAAGAGUAUACCAUUUCCUGCAGCUUUGAGUACAACAAAACCUGUCCACUUCUAUAACUGGGACUGUGCACAUGAUUUUGAACUGGUUGAACUUGAGACGACAUGGAAAGAGUGCAGGGAAGUGUUGACGUCACUUACCGAUACAAUGGAUCCAGAUCGAUUUGAGUUCAAGUUUAUAUAUCGAAUUCAAAAUAGAAAACUAUGGAGCGAAUAUGACAUCAAGAAGAACCUUAUGUUAGCCGAUGCUGAACUAGAUGGUAAUGGUAAAACUAUUGAUGAAAGAAAUUUAUUUCACGGUACUAAUGCUUUAAAUACCUGCCGAGGUAUUUGUACUAAUAACUUUGACUUCAGAACAAGUGGUCGCAAUGCAACUGUAUAUGGGGAAGGUUCGUAUUUUGCUGUCCGUGCCAGAACUGGAAAUUCAUAUACACAAGCAGAUUUACCAACGGACAUUCGUUUCAUGUUUUGAGCCAAAGUCUUGGUCGGGCAGUUUACAGUAGGUAGUCCUUCCCUCCGUCGACCUCCAGAAAUUCCGGGGCAGGUUCAUAAAUUGUAUGAUUCUUGUGUGGAUGACGUCAAAGACCCCAAAAUAUUUGUUGUGUUUGAUAGAAAUCAGUGCUACCCCGAUUACCUGAUAAUGUACACUGACAGAGAGACAAAGCCUUUUGAUGAAAAGUCUGAUGCAAAUCCUAUUGAUACUGAAAACCCAGUUGAUGAUUUGGAUCCAUUAGGGCAUUUUAAGCAAGCAGGAAGUUCAACUUCUACAACUAUACAAAGAUCCCUUCAGUCACCUCCUCAUUAUGCUGAUAGUUCCUCGGUAGAUACAAUAGCACGUUUCGUUGAGGGUCGAAAAAGAAAAGAUGAUAAUUGUGUUCUGCAGUAAAUAAAACUUUGAAAUAUAAUUUGCCAUGAUUGAAUGGUACAAUUUGAUAAAAGUUGUAUAUCUAAUUGUAGGGUUUCCAAUGAAAUACUGUAAACCAACUUAUUUUCGCGAGCGAUUUAUUUUCGCGACUUUCGCGAGUAGAAAAAUAAUGCGAAUAUAAAUCGUCGCGAAUAUGUCAAUCUUUGAUCUUUCCUUAAUAAACUUCAUCAAGUAAAUCAGAUAAUCGUGAAAUUAAAUAGCCGCGAAGAGGUCAAGAAAGGGUAAAACGCAAAAAAUAAGUUGUUUUACAGUAGUUUUGUCCUUCACUAUAAUUAUGUGUAUAUAAGAGGUUCGCUUACAUCCAUAUUAUCAUUUUGACAUUAUGUUUUGAAAAAUGCUUGCCUGAUAUAUCAUUUAUAUUAUAUAAAUUUUCAAUUUUUAUAGUUGAAAGUUGAUAACAUAUUUUUAAACAUUAUCUGACUACUUGGAGAACAGUCACUGCUAACGUUUUGUCUAAACUGUAGGCGGAAAACUUGAAAAUCUAUUUUGAUUAUGUAUUUGUUACAAGGGUUUAGUAGUUAAAUCACUUCUGCUAUAAAUAUUUAGCAGUUUUGUUUAGAUCACAAACAGAAAAUGGUGAACAUGCUUAACUCAUUCUUUUUAAGAAUCUAUUCAGUUUUUAAAUACGAAUGGUAAGAUUUACAUGCUCGCUUCAUUUUUAAAAAAAAAUUAAUCCUUUCAGUUUGAAAGGAAAGGACAUUUAUUAUUUAGAGAGUUCGGAUCUUUCAAGAUUAUCUUGUGGUAGUUUGUGGGAAUGUUUUGACCGAUUAUUUGAUAACACAUAACUGAUUUUAACAAUUUCUGUGAAAUCAUGCUGUGUUGGUUAAUUGUUUAUUCAUUAAUAACUUAAAACUAAACAAUAGAUGUCCGUAGAAAUGAGUUAUAUUUUUCUAUAUUGAAACUUAACAUUUGUGAAUUCAUGUUGUUAAAACUACUGUUGAAUUCAUUAGAUUUUUGG